GAUGAAGUAGGGAGCAGUGGGUCUGUGGACUUGAACCUGGCGAUCCCAGAGACCCCUAACCCUGUCAAAGUGGUAGACAUCACAACACCCCUGACCACUAAUCCAGUCAACCUUGAGGUUUUGGAUGAAACACUUGUCCUUCAGUCAGGCUUUUCCCCGGCACCCUGCACCCCACCACCUGAAUUUGCCCCAACACCCUGCAUUCCACCCCCAGGCUUUGCCCUGGCAACCUACACCUCGACGCCAAGCUUUGUCGCAAAUGCCAUGCAGGGCUUUGGCACCAAAGUCAUCCUGAAACAAAUGGUCCUGCUAUAUUCUUGGAGAGGCUCCCUCCUUCGUCAGAGGACCUUGAGUCAGAGUUCCUGACUAUCACCGAUCGUAUCUGCACGCUGUUUCAAAGCAUCACUGCCAGAUUCCGCAACAUCGUUAAUGAGGAGCUGGAGAAGUGUACCGACUCUGACAGUAAGAAGUAUUGGGCUUACACCUUCUACUGGGAGUAUAUGAAGAGGUACCCAUCAUCCCAGUGCCUGGGGAUUGAAGCCUUCACAUGUGAUGAGGAGAGAUGUUUAGUGGUGGCCAAAAUGUUUGCAAAGAAGAUGUGCCCCAAGAUGCUCCCCUCAGCAGCAGACUUCGACGAGGCUGAAGAUUCAGGCAGCAAUGGAUCUGUGGACUUGAACCUGGCGAUCCCGGAGACCCCUAACCCUGACAAAGUGGUAGACAUCACAACACCCCUGACCACUAAUCCAGUCAACCUUGAGGUUUUGGAUGAAACACUUGUCCUUCAGUCAGGCUUUUCCACGGCACACUGCACCCCACCACCAGGCUUUUCCCCGGCACCCUGCACCCCACCAGAAUUUUCCCCAGCACCCUUCAUUCCACCCCCAGGCUUUGCCCUGGCAGCCUGCACCUCGUCGCCAAGCUUUGCCGCUAAUGCCACGCAGGGCUUUGGCACGAAAGUCAUCCUGAAACAAAUUGUCCUGCUAUUCUUGGAGAGGCUCCCUCCUGCGUCAGAGGACCUUGAGUCAGAGUUCCUGACUAUCACCGAUCGUAUCUGCACUCUGUUUCAAAGCAUCACUGCCAGAUUCUGCAACAUCGUUAAUGAGGAGCUGGAGAAGUGUACCGACUCUGACAGUAUGCAGUACUGGGCUUACACCUUCUACUGGGAGUAUAUGAAGAGGUACCCAUCAUCCCAGUGCCUGGGGAUUGAAGCCUUCACAUGUGAUGAGGAGAGAUGUUUAGUGGUGGCCAAAUUGUUUGCAAUGAAGAUGUGCCCCAAGAUGCUCCCCUCAGCAGCAGACUUCGACAAGGCUGAAGAUUCAGGCAGCAAUGGAUCUGUGGACUUGAACCUGGCGAUCCCAGAGACCCCUAACCCUGUCAAAGUGGUAGACAUCACAACACCCCUGACCACUAAUCCAGUCAACCUUGAGGUUUUGGAUGAAACACUUGUCCUUCAGUCAGGCCUAGCCCCGGCACCCUGCAUUCCACCCCGAGGCUUUUCCCCAGCACCCUGCAUUCCACCCCCAGGAUUUUCCCCAGCACCCUGCAUUCCACCCUCAGGCUUUGCCCUGACAUCCUGCACCGCAUCGCCAAGCUUCACUGCUAAUGCCAUGCAGGGCUUUGGCACGAAAAUCAUCCUGAAACAAAUGGUCCUGCUAUUCUUGGAGAGGCACCCUCCUACAUCAGACGACCUUGAGUCAGAGUUCCUCACUAUCAUGAAGAGGUGCCCAUCAUCCCAGUGCCUGGAGAUUGAAUCCUUCACAUGUGAUGAGGAGAGAUGUUUGGUGGUGGUCACCUUGUUUGCAAAGAAAUUGUACCCCAAGAUGUUCCUCUCAGCAGCACACGACGACGAGGCUGAAGAUUCAGGGAGCAAUGGAUCUGUGGACAUGAACCUGGCAAUCGCCAACAAAUUUGUCCCUAACCCUGUCAAGGUGUUGGAGUUGCUUCAACCCCUGUCACUUCCAGACAUCAAAAAGCACUUGACCACUAUCCAUGACAAAGUGCUGGACAACAUCACAACAACCCUGGUUGAUGCCCCAGUUAAGGUGGACAACAUCACAACACCCCUGGUUGAUGCCCCAGUUAAGGUGGACAACAUCACAACACCCCUGGUUGAUGCCCCAGUUAAGGUGGACAACAUCACAACACCCCUGGUUGAUGCCCCAGUUAAGGUGGACAACAUCACAACAACCCUGGUUGAUGCCCCAGUUAAGGUGGACAACAUCACAACACCCCUGGUUGAUGCCCCAGUUAAGGUGGACAACAUCACAACACCCCUGGUUGAUGCCCCAGUUAAGGUGGACAACAUCACAACACCCCUGGUUGAUGCCCCAGUUAAGGUGGACAACAUCACAACACCCCUGGUUGAUGCCCCAGUUAAGGUGGACAACAUCACAACACCCCUGGUUGAUGCCCCAGUUAAGGUGGACAACAUCACAACACCCCUGGUUGAUGCCCCAGCUAAGGUGGACAACAUCACAACACCCCUGGUUGAUGCCCCAGCUAAGGUGGACAACAUCACAACACCCCUGGUUGAUGCCCCAGCUAAGGUGGACAACAUCACAACACCCCUGGUUGAUGCCCCAGUUAAGGUGGACAACAUCACAACACCCCUGGCCACUAUUCCAGUCCACCUUAAGGUUACAGAUGAACCAGUUGACCUCCAGUCAGAAGAUGUUUUGGUCAUUAAACCAAAGAAAAGCAGAGUCAUGAGAUUCUUCCGUCGACUUUUCUGCUGCAUAAACGAAGAUGAUUUGAUGGUGUGAACCUGACCAGCUUUUCAGAGGAUGACUUCAGCUCACACACAAACACACGGGCGCGCACACACACAUAUACGCAUGCCCACACACACACACACGCACACACCCACCAGAUGUUGUUUAACUUGAGUUUCGCAUGUUAAAUAUUUCUCUAUAAUUUUUCCUAAUUAAAUAUUUUAUUAUGUCUUCA